AUUUUUUUUCAGUUAGUGAGCUUUAAGUACGUACUUAAGAACAAGGACAAGAACAAGAACCAAGUUAACUAACUCUGUGUGUAAUGUCUGAGUCAGAGCCCAAAUCUACCGGAGGUUCAGGAGCGACUGGAACUGGAAAUUCCAGUUCUGGUUCUGGUUCUGCUGCUGAAGCCACUAAGAAAGUAGCUGAGAAGAAAGGUUGGUCUAAUCCCGCAUUAAGAAUGAUGGGUAUUCCUAGAAUUAGAUUACCAUCAAGAAAUUGGCUUAUAUUUUUUAGUGUUGUAUCAGUUAUUGGUGGAGGAAUAGGUUAUGAUAAAUAUGAGCAAAAACAAAUACGAAAGAAAUGGAUUUCUGAAGUCGAACAUCUUAGUAAAAUUCCUUAUGGUAUAGAGUCUACCCCACGGAAGAUUACAGUAUUAAUAGCUCCACCACCUAAUAAUUUUCUUGAUGAAUCACUUAAAAUAUUUAGAAGAUAUAUUAAACCAGUAUUAAAUGCUAGUGCUAUUGAUUUCAAAGUAGUAUCUGAAGGAAGACAAGGAGAAAUCCGUCAUGCAGUAGCUCAAAAGAUUAGAGAUUUAAGAUUAGCUGAACUUGAAAAGAGUAAAGAAUCUACAAAUGAUGAUAAUAGUACCAACAAUAAUAAUAGUACUACUAGUACUAGUAGUAAAUUACCAUCACUUGCCAAUGUUAGUGGUAUAUUUAAUAAAUCUACUUCCAUUGAAUUAGAUGAAUCAACCAUUAAUAGACAUGAUUUAUAUACAGCACAAGAUGUGAUAGGAUUAUAUAAAGUUAUAAACCCAGUUGAAGUUAAAAGUGAUGAUGCAAAUGAUCAAAUUUUAGGUGGUGGUGUUAUAUGUGUAGGCCGUGGAGCAUAUAAGGAAUAUAUUACUGGAGUUCAUGAAGGUUUAUUAGGACCUUUAGAAAAACCACAAUCAUUAAUUGAAGAAGAAGAAAAAAUUAAAGCAGACAAGGAAAAAUUAAAGCAAGAAGCUGAAGCCAAGGGUGAAACUUAUCGUAGUGAUGAAGAUGAUGAUGAAGAUGAUUCUAAUCGUUUACCUGUAACUAAAGCAUUCAUAAAACCAUCAGAAUAUACCGAUGCUCAAUGGGCUCCUGAAUUUUCUCAUCUUGAUCGUGUAACUAAUGAAGAUGGAACUCCUGCUAUAUUUGAACAACCAGUUUAUGUAUUUCCAGUUCCUAAAUUAACUGGUUUCCUUAAAACUCCUCAAAAGAUUUAUCGAUACUUCACCACGAGAUAUUUGGCUGAUGAUUAUGGAUCAAGAACUGUGGCCAUAGUAAAUGAUAAAAUUAGAGAUUGGAAGUUUAAGGAUACCAUGAUGGCCAAAGAAGAAGAACUCGAUUGGCCUAAGAAAUGGGUUGAAACUGGUAAGGAAAAGAAUUCCGAAUGGGUUCAAGAACUUGAAGUUGAUGAAAGAGUUGUUAGUAAACUCAGAGUUUAUGAUCCAGAAUUGUAAUACGGUUUGCAUUUGCAUAUGUACAUAGAUUAAAUUAAUAUAUAAACGUUUUUAUUUUUAUUUUUAUUUUUAUUUUUAUUCUUAUUUUCUUUUCCAAAGAGUAUAAUUAUAUACAAAGUCCCCCUCUUUGAUAUCAUCU